AUGCGGGCACCGCCACGCCCCAACGUCACGCUGCACCUCGACGAGGCCGUGAAGCUGGAUCCCCCUUCCCAUGGGACAUCCUUCACUAAGGCCAAUGGGCGCCUGGAGCUGAGGCUGCCGCGGCCGCAGUGUCACCACAAGGAGCGGCCGCCGCCACGCAGGGAGGCUCAAUUCCGCCGGGUGGGUGAUGGCAGCUGGAUGCAGGUGAUGUGUGAGACAGGGAAGGGUGAGGAUGGAGAGGAUGACCCAGUGACCUGUGAGCUGGGGGGAACCGCUGCCUUCGAGGUGCAGCUCCGGCACAGGACGCAGCACUGGAGCAGCCACUGGAGCGACUGGAGCCCAUCCAUCUUCAUCCCCGAGGAGAUCCUGGAGAGCCCCACACUGAGCUUCAGGCUGGGACACCUCGGGAGAAACGGGCAGAGGCUGCUACAGCUGGGCUGGCAGCGCGCCCGCGUGGCACAGGGGGACGUCAGCUACACCCUGCGUGCCCACAUGCCGGAGUGCAGCUGCGCUGAGGAGGACGAGGUGGUGCUGGGGGCAGAGGAGACAGAGUACAACCUCACGCUCUGCGGGGCUGCAUACGAGAUCGUGCUGACGGCCACCAACGCCGCAGGAAGCAGCCCUGCACGGCGGCUGCAGGUGCCGGCGGAGCAGCACACGGAGCUCAGCUUCCAGAACAUCAGCUCUGUGGGCACCAUGGUGACCGCACGCUGGGAGGCACCAACGCGAGGCUUCGCCUUCUGCUCCGAGUGGCAGCGGACGCCGGGAGCCCCACAGCCGGGGCGCUGCGUGCAGGAGGAGUUCCUCGCACGCAGCUCCCACUGGCAGGCAGGGCAGCUGGAAGCGCCGGCGUGUUACCGGCUCGCCGUGCACGGCCGCGGCGCAGAGCAGGACUGGGCCACCUUCGCUCUGCAGCAUCACUUCGUCGGCAACACCUCGUUGGCCGCCUCUGUCCGCAUCAACGCCAGCGCCGAUGCCGCCGUGCUGCUCUGGGAGCCGUCCCUACGCGCUGCUUGCCCCGGGGCGCUGCUGGGGUACCGCGUGUGCCACGCUGCUGAAGGGGACAACGUGACCGCUGCUGCCCACGCGGUGUCACUUACAGAUGGCGACGUGGACGCAUCAGCAUCGCGAUACGCACUGCGAGACCUGAAACCGGGCACCGCCUACAGGGUGGGCAUCCAGGAGGUGGCGGCGGGCGGCGGGGGCUCCUGCAGUGCUCGGUGGCACUUCCAGACCACGGCGCUGGGUAACGGUGGAGCGGUGUGGAGCUCCAACCUGAAGUACCUGGGCAUCUCGCUGGGGAUCCCAGCUGCCGCCCUCAUCUACCAGCUGAGCAAGAAGAGGCUCCACGGGAUGCUCUUCCCUCCCCUGCCCAAACCUACCGGCAGUGAAGCCCUCCGGUUCUCAGCCAGUGAGAUGAGCCAGAACAAGCCCUGGAAGAGCUUCCUGGAGCCCUCGGAGCAGCUCAGCCCCGGGGAGUUGCUGGUAAUGGAGCUGAGCCCUGAAAAGGAGGCAGCCACCAGCACGCGGCCCCACACACCACAGCUCAGCCCCAAAGAACCGAUGGAGCCACUGCAGCCACACUGCAAGAUGGAGCUGCCCUUCACGUACCGGCGGCAGGAGGUGCUGGACCCGGAGCCAGGGGGGUCAGGGGGGCUGGGGGAGGUCCCCACCUGUGGUCCCACAGCUGCAGAGGAGGGCGCAGGGAGCUGGGGGCUGAGCCAGGCGCUGCCACCUCUUGUGCUGUUCAAACCCAUCUCCCCACAGGAUCAGGAGGGUGUGGGGCUGCUGCAGGAGAAGGCGGUGCCUUAGGGAUCCCAGGGAUGGGGGACAAAGCGGGUCCCUCAGACAGCGAGGGGGUGAUGCUGAGGGUCCGGGAGGGCUGAUGCUGAGCAUCCAGGUGUGAUGCUGAACGCCCUCCCCAAGGCCCUGUGGGCACUUUCCUGGGGGUUUCUGAUUUCCAGGAACACUGCUGCAUUGCACAGGGCCGGGACCCAGUGAGGCACAGUGCAGCCCAAAGUAAUGAGGGCAGGAGGCUGCGGGCUCAGCUCCCCCUAUGGGGGUGGGGAUGUUUCCUUGGGCACGAGGAAGCUGCUUUGGGAGCACA